AUGGAUAGUAUUAAUUCUGAAUUUAAUCCUGUGAGAAAAUCCAAAAUAAAAGUUUCUCCGGAAAAUAUUAUUAAAGAUGCAAAAGAAGACCACGAUCAAAUAUCUGUUUUAAGAGGUAUCAAAUUAAUACCGGUAAAACGAGCAUCCAGUGAGCAUGACGAUGGAAAAACUCAAUUAGCCAACUUCAAUUCGGAAACAACUGAUCAUAAAAAUAUUAUUGCAUCAAAAAGAUCUACUGUCAAGCACAAGGCUAAUGAUGAUGAUGAUUAUGAUAAAGAAACUCUCAAUGUAUUAAAACGUAUAAAGAUAUUUAAUAGUAGCCCAAAAUUUCAAUUAAAAUCAAACUCAGAAGUUCUAAAAGAAUUACCAACCGAUCCAGAAUUUACAUCUUUCAAGAACCAUCUAUUACGUCAACUCUAUCAAACAGUAAAACUAGAUGAAAUUACUAUUCCAUCAUACUUAAAAGCAACAGAAUCUGAAGUAGAUCGAAUCUUAAAACUAGCCAUUAUUCAAAAAGAAAGUCAUUCAACAAUUUUGGUUGGCCCAAGAGGCGGAUAUAAAUCUUUUCUCCUAUCACAUACUCUUGCUAAAAUUUCAAGAAAAUAUGAUAAUCAAUAUAUCACAAUUAGAUUAAAUGGCUAUGUACAUUCAGAACAAACUGCUAUAAAUGGAAUUGCCACGCAAAUUGAACAGCAACUAAGGAAAAUUAAUGCUUCUAGAAAUAAUUCCAAAAAAGAAUCAGUAGAUAUAAGUAGUGGGUCAUUAACUGAAGUAUUUGAAAAGAUUUUACGUUUACUAGACUCUGCAACUUUCAAUACAGAAAGGCCUAGUGAUAAGAGAAAAAAUAAAGAUACUAGCAAAAUAACAGUCAUCUUUAUCUUUGACGAAAUAGAUACUUUUGCUGGACCAGUCCGUCAAACGUUACUAUAUAAUUUAUUUGAUAUGGUUGAACAUGCUAGAAUUCCAGUUUGCAUCUUUGGUUGUACAACAAAAUUGAAUUUCUUAGAUUAUUUAGAAAAACGAGUGAAAAGUAGAUUCUCUCAGCGUAUUAUUAAUAUUCCCCAGAUUAAAACAUUGAAAGAAUUUUCAGAAACUAUAAAAGAAUCAUUAAUUGUCCCAGAUUCGGAAUCUAAUGCUAAGGACCGCCAAUAUACUACACAAUGGAACGAAACAAUUACAAACAUUAUUCAAGAUGAUAAUUCUCAAUUAUCAAAAAUUCUUAAAACUAAUUUUGAAACAUUUAAAUCCAUGGAUAGAUUAAAAUAUUCAAUGGUUCCUUUUAUACAUUCAUCGCCUUCAUUUGAAAAUUUACUUAGUGAAUUACACUCAUGUAAUCAAAUAAUCGAAUAUGAAACAAAUCAGCGUACAAAUGAUUUAACAGGAAAAGUACGUUCCUUAUCCGAUUUAGAACUGGCAAUUUUAAUAUCAACUGCUCGUGCUGCCAUGAAAACUAAAGAUGAGAGUGUAAAUUUUAAUUUUGCUUAUGCUGAAUAUGAAGAAAUGAUUAAAUCUUUAAAUGUUAGAAUACCUACAAUGGUACACUCUAAUAGUUCAGAAUCAAAGAACUCAAUAAUAGUUGAUAAUGCUAUUAAGUUAUGGAGCAAAAAAGAUAUUAAAAAUAUUUGGGAAUCAAUAUUAUCAUUAGAUUUAAUGGCGGAAAAGGGUAAUGUGGGGUUAAGGGAGUCUGCCAUCGCUGUGUUUUACGCCAGUAACUACCAAUUUCAAGGUACAAUGGCACCAUUCGAUUUAAGACUGUAUCAAAUGCAAGUUACUCUUCAGGAACUUCGAAAAAUUGUUCCAAGAUCGUCUAUAUAUUACCCAUGGACACAAUUAUAG